AUGAUAGAAAUAUAACAAUAACCCUUCUUAGAUUAAUUUAAGAUCAGAGUCAAUCAGAAAUAUUUUAAAUAAAACAGACUUUAAUAUUUAAUAUUUUCUUUUAAUAAAGUUGUUGAGCAACUUAUCUAGGAAUUAUAAAGAGCUGGAGAAUGGUAUUUAUAUUAUAAGAAUGAUAUUUUUUCAAGUUAAUCCCCGGCAUUGUCCAUCCCCAUAGUAAUUCUCUAUUGCAUUUUUGAGAUGGAAUGGCUAUCUUAUUCUGGAUAAUAUGAAGAGAAAUUUAUAGACUAACUUAAGGAGGCCUAUGAGAUAGAACUAGAUUCCUAACUCGUGAACUAAGUGAAUUGGAGAGUAACAUUAGACAAAGUAUUUAGUGAAGAUAAUGAAUAAAGGAGUGAAAUUAGAAAUACUCUUGAGAACAUACUAAUAGAUUAAAUGAAUCCGACUUCUUCUUUUAAAGUUCUUAAAUAGAAGAAAGAAAUUCUAAAAUAAGUACUUUUCAUCAAUACUAAACAAAUGGAAAGUGAGACACAAUAAUAAAAAAUAAAAAGUACUUAAAUUCUUGGAUUCUCAUUAAUUUAAAUAAUCACUGUAUCAUCAAGGUGGUGA